AUCAGACCUAUAUAAACAGCAUUAAUUACAAUUCUGACCUUUUAUCUUCCUUAUAUAUAUAAUAAUAAUUUGAAAGGGAUACAAAUUUUUGGAGUGCAUAAAUUAAAUAUGGAUGAAAUGUAUGGGAUUCAUCACUCAAUUGGUUACGACUACUCAGACAAGGGUUUCAUGUCACCUGAUGAGAAUCUGAUGAUCGCGGCGGCGGAGUACGGCGGCGGCGAGUAUACUUACGACUAUCAUCAUCAUCAUCAGCUGAUUCCAUCCUCCGCCGAUCACCGCCACCGUAUUCCGGCGGUGUUUGAAUCAUCAUCAUCGGCGGCGGCGACGGCGGCAUCUGAAUCCGCUUCGUUUUCUGUGCACAACGAGGGUGAUCGGAAAUACCAGGCGGCUAAUUCCGAUUCGAUCAAGGCUAGAAUUGCUUCGCAUCCUUCUUACCCGAAGCUUCUCGAUGCAUAUAUCGAUUGCCAAAAGGUAGGAGCAACCCCUGAGAUAGCGAGUUUACUGGACGAAAUCAGGAGAGAUAAAGACGUGUCUAAACCAGCAGACACUUCUUCGUUGUGCUUUGGAUUCGAUCCUGAACUCGACGCGUUUAUGGAAACUUACUGUGAAGUAUUGGUGAAAUACAAGACGGAUUUGUCGAGGCCUUUCAACGAAGCAACCUCCUUUCUCAACACAAUCCAAACACAACUUUCCAACCUCAUUUGCAAAGAUAAUGGUGCUUUAUCCUCGGACGAAGAAGCGAGCGGAGGAGAGACGGAAAUGGAUGAUCAUCAAACGAGAAUAGAAGAUCGAGAAUUAAAGGACAGGCUAUUGCGGCAGUAUGGCAACCACAUUAACAGCUUAAAGCUCGAGUUUUCGAAAAAGAGGAAGAAAGGUAAGCUUCCAAAAGAGGCGAGGCAAACGUUACUCGAAUGGUGGAACGUUCACUAUAAAUGGCCAUACCCAACGGAGGGCGAUAAAAUGUCGUUGGCUGAAUUGACGGGGCUGGAUCAGAAGCAAAUAAAUAACUGGUUCAUAAACCAGAGGAAGAGGCAUUGGAAACCUUCCGAAAACAUGCAUUUGGCUAUGAUGGACUCUCUUUCUGCUCGACAUUUCUGCGUCGAAGAUUGACUUUUUAAAUUACUCUCUUGUUGUUUAUUAGCAUAAAUACUCAAUGCUGAUAUGCUGAACAUCUCUCUCUCUCUCUCUCUCUCUCUCUCUCUCUCUCUCUCUCUCUCUCUCUCUGUAUAUUAUCCGAAGAAAAUGACCUUACUGACUUGAUAAACAAAUCAUUUUUGUAUCCAGUAACACUCAAGUGUUGGUUCUAAUUAAUGAUUUUGCAUAAAUUACAGUA